AUGCGCGGCCCAGAGGUGCCGGGAGGCCGGGAGCUUCGGGCGGGGCCUGAGGUGCUGGGCCAGGCCGCCCGGCUCGCCUCCUCGGGGCUUCUGCUGCAGGUGUUGUUUCGUUUGAUUACCUUCGGUUUGAAUGCAUUUACACUUCGAUUUCUUUCAAAAGAAAUACUUGGACUAGUCAAUGUAAGGCUAACGUUGCUUUACUCAACUGUCACCUUCUUAGCAAGAGAGGCAUUCCGAAGGGCAUGUCUGAGUGGAAGUACAAACCGAAAUUGGAGCCAAACAAUCAACCUCUUAUGGCUAACAGUCCCUUUGGGUUUAUUUUGGUCCUUGUUCCUGGGUUGGGUCUGGUCCCAGAUCCUUGAAGUGCCUGAUCCUAAUGUAAUACCCAAUUAUGGAGUUGGAGUGGCAGCGUUUGGUCUCUCUGCAGUGAUUGAACUCUUAGGAGAACCUUUCUGGGUCUUAGCACAAACACAUAUGUUGGUCAGGAUUAAGGUGAUUGCUGAAAGUUUGUCAGUAAUCCUCAAAUGUAUUUUGACAGCUGUUUUAGUCAUGUGGUUGCCUCACUGGGGACUUUACAUCUUUUCUUUGGCCCAGCUUUUGUAUACCACUGUUUUGGUGUUCUGCUAUGUCAUUCAUUUCAUAAAGUUAACGAAUUCCCGAGAAGUAACCAAGAAGUCUCUUCCGAUCUCAAGAAUGACAGAUCUCUUACCUCACAUCACCUUAAAUGGGACUUUUGUUAAUUGGAAAGAGGCUAAAUUGACAUGGAGUUUCUUCCAACAAUCCUUUCUGAAACAGAUUUUGACAGAAGGUGAGCGGUAUGUGAUGACAUUUUUGAAUGUGUUAAAUUUUGGAGACCAAGGUGUUUAUGACAUAGUGAAUAACCUGGGCUCACUUGUGGCCAGACUGGUUUUCCAGCCAAUAGAGGAGAGUUUUUACGUAUUCUUUGCUAAAGUUCUGGAGAGGGGAAAGAGUGUCAAGCUUCAAAAACAGGAGGAUAUUGCCAUGGCAGCAACAGUUUUAGAGUCCCUGCUGAAGCUUGUCCUUCUGAUUGGUCUGACAAUAACUGUUUUUGGCUAUUCCUAUUCUCAGUUGGCUUUGGAUAUUUACGGAGGGUCCAUGCUUAGCACUGGGUCAGGUCCUGUUCUCCUUCGAUGCUAUUGUUUGUAUGUCCUCCUGCUUGCUGUAAAUGGCGUAACUGAAUGUUUCACAUUUGCCUCUAUGAGCAAAGAGGAUGUUGACAGGCACAACUUCAUCAUGCUGGUCCUGUCGUUCACGUUCUUGUUGUCUUCCUAUUUCCUGACCAAGUGGCAAGGCAGUGUGGGCUUCAUAUUUGCCAAUUGUUUGAACAUGGGGAUUCGAAUUGCACAAAGCAUACGUUAUAUCUAUAGGUACUACAGAGAGAGUCCUCACAGGCCGCUGGUAGGCCUGCUUCCUUCACCAUUUCUAGUUGUGGUCUAUGUGCUCAGUGGAGUGAUUACUGGAAUUUCAGAGGUGUUUCUGUGCUGUGAGAGAGGCUGGCUGGCCAGGUUUCUGCACAUCAUUGUGGGGGCUUUGUGUUUGGGAGCUACCCUUGUGACCAUAUUCUUCACAGAGACCAAGCUGAUCUUCUUUAUUCGGACUCAGUUCCUACCCAAAUACACACAGAAAAAAACAUGAACAUAUAGGAGGACCAGUUCCUAUAUUUAGUUCUGCAGGCCUAUCAGAAUGGUUUGUGGUACAGAGACUCAUUUCCUGUUCAAAGGAAGAAAUGUCAUUGAAUAAGAAUCCACUGAGAUUCUGGUAUUAACAAAACGAUAAGUUUAUAAGAAACUAGAAAAUGGGAACCCAUUGGGAAAUAGUAGGCAUAAUAUUUGGUUUGUUUUCCAGUCUAUUUGGAGUUUUAAAUGUUAAUGAAGGAUAUAAUUUUGAAACAGAUCAGAAUAAUAGUAGCAUUUUCAAUUGUCUUUUCAUCAUCUUGUACUAAUUUGUGUUUUUUUCUUUGUUGAUUCCUUUUUGAUAUGAUCUAGCUUAAUAGCCAAGUAUAUAAUCUCUGAUUUCUCUAGAGUUGAGUAAACUUAGGGCUCUCCAAAAGAGAUCUGAUCAUUUAAUUAUUCUUAAAAACAUUUAAUUCUUUUCCCCAAGAAAGGAAGAAUGCAGAGUUUUGCUUAUAGAACAAAAACUAAGAUAUUUGAGUGAUGCUUUUACUGACUUUAGCCAUCAAUGUAUAGUCUUUUCUUUUAGAGAAGAACAAAUGUCAUUCAUCCCACAAGUCAGGAAAAAGAAGCAUAUAGUCUUUCUGAGAUGUAUGUUUCUAAGACACUUGAAUUAUUAGGAAAUAAAGAGAAAUUCAGGAAAGUAAAAUAUAGAAUUCGAGGUAGAAGAAGUAUGGCAUUUACCUUAGCUGACUAUGAACAACUAGACUAACCAUCUUAGAACAUGGGAUUUUGAAGAGAGAUAACCAGAAUGAGCUGCCUUUGGCUCUUCAGGAAGAUGUUGCCUUUGUAGCCGACUUGCUCUUUUUAUAGGUAAUGAAAAUGGUGUAGAAAAGCAGCCCUCAUUUACCAUAUUUCUUUUCCAUGUUUCUCCCUCCUAGAAAACAAAAUGGUUUUAAUAGUGUCGUAACAGUGUCAAUAAUCAAACGUCUGUGACUUUUGUUGGCAUGAAAACUCUUUCCACUGACUCAAAUUGUAGCCUGUUUAUAACUUAGUAGAGAAGUUUUAGACAGUUGUAGGAAGCUCAGAUACAUUCAGUAACUUGCCUGUGGUCACACAGCUGCUAAGUCUUCCCGACUUCUUUUUACCUCCUAAGCCUUGCUCUCCUUUGUUGUAACAAGUACCAUUCUGACACUUUAUUCGUGAAAGAUUUUGCCUUUGCCACAUGACCAACUCCAGUCGUUGGCAUAAUUAUUUCUACCUUUAGUUAUUAUAAUAAAUAUGAUAAAUUUCCAGGCUAACCCAAGAAUAGAGCCGACCCAUGAUGCUCAGAGAGUAGAAUGGUAUAUAGAACAGUAAUGGAAAUUCAGUCGCAAUCAUUCAGCCAUCCAUUUGACUAAGACUUACAGAGCUCACGCAUACUGUGUGCAAGGCCAUGUGCUAAACACUAUGGGACAUCAAAAGAUGGAGAAGACACUUUCAUGAGUUACCCCACAUUAGCCAUGUAAGAAUUGACAAAAGAUGGGCCUCAUUUAGACCUCUAAAUAGAUCUACCUGGCUUUGCAAAAGUAAGUCUUCUAUAAGCUCCCCAAACCCACGGUCCUCUGCCAGCAGAAUAAACUCCAGGUUGCCCCCAUUACGCCACACCCUCCCUAGUCAUUGUUCUGAAGACUUAGGCUGCCAUUUAAAACUUUUUCAUCAACUUCCCAAGUUCCUUGGUGCGAGAAGU